UAGAUAUACUUGCACUGAGACUCGAAAUAGCUGCAUAUAAAACAUUGUGGCUUAUCAUUGUCUGCAAGAAGCGCAAACGAUUUGCACGCGAACAGUUCAGAGUGGAUAUAAAUUCAGCUACAAGCGCCGUGUUUAUUUCAACCUUUGACAAGAUGUGGCUUCAAACUUUGCCCGUGAUAUUGUUGGUGCUGACGACCAGUGCGGUACAUGUAACGGCAGACCGAUUGAGCAGAGUUGAGAGUGAGCUGAAACAGAUCAAGAUAUUUCAAUCGUUUAUUAUAGCGAGAAUGGAUACAAUGGAAAUAGAUAUUGGAACAUUAGCCACAAAAGUAGCAAGGAUUGAAUUACUUGAAAAUUCCACAGAAUCUGAAAAUGCUGGAACUUAUAUUCCCAAGACUGACCAUAAAACAGAACAUGUUGAAAAACAAUCUGAACUAAAACAAGUCCAAAGUACUCUAAAAAUGUACAAACAUUCCUUUGCAAAGCACAAAAAGAAAUUCUUGGCGAUAAAUAAUGUAAUCAAAGACACUUUGGUAGUAUUUCGUGAAAAUGCAUCAACAACUAUAACAAAUUUAGUCAAGACUGUCAAUGAACAUGUCAAAAAUAGUUCAGAUAAUGUAGCUCUGACUUUGGAAAAUAUAUCUAACUCGUCAGCUGAAAGUGAGAGUACAUUGCGCUCUGAAGUGUUGAAUUAUUCAAAAAACAUAAAUGCUGAAAUUCAGAAGAACUUGGACACACAACUACAAGCGACAACAACUGAAAUGAAAAAUACAAUGAAGGGGCUGAUUGGAAAAGCGAAUAAAGUUGUUGGCAUCAUUGACGAAAGGAGAUCUACUAUUGAGGAUAAUAUGUUUGGCGUUAUUAGUUCACUUCACAGCCCCUGGACUGACUGGUCAUCCUGGUCAGAUUGUUCGAGGACUUGUGAGAUGGGCACUAAAACUAGGCACAGAACCUGUAACGCCCCAUCUGCCGUAGCUGAUGCAAUAUGCAUUGGCAAUGUCAAGGAGACAGAAGAAUGUGUCAAUGAUAACGAUUGCCCGUGUGAGUAAUAUUAAAAGACACGUGACGUCUUCAGCAUGAGUCAUGUGGAGGAAAACGUGACGGGUUCUUUAUUUUUGCGACGUUUCAUGCUUUAUUAGCAGGUAUAAUAGAUAUUUAAACAUAAUUUCGAAAGGUUUUUUUUUUUAAACCAAUCUUAUACGUUUUGAAGUACAAUCUCGUGGUUAAAAGGCUUGAAUCGCAAUGUGAAAACCUCAACAGGGCUCAUUUUCGCAAAAAAAGUCAUAUAUAUAAUAAUAUAUUUGCUUUUUUUAUAAAAUAACUGAGAUAUUUAUUUUUUACACAAUGAAAAUACCUAUUACAAAAAGGCUUAUUGUAUGACUUUGCAACUUCAACAUAUAAAUACAAUAAGCCUUAUAUGAGUACAAACUGGCCAACAUUUCACUUUUAACAAAAUAGUAUCAGCAAUACCUGUAUCUGAAUUGUAUGCCGUCAGUUUUAUAUUUACAUAUUAGACGUAUACAACAAUGUAGAAACAC